CCCUUCACCGUCCCCAAAGUCUUCCCUUUCCCCUUCUCUCUCUGUCUCUCUGUCCUUUAGAGAAAAAAAAAAAAAAACUGAAAUCAAAAAGUCCAAAACAAAAACAAAAAAAUGGACUCUUUUGAAUCAAACAUUAACAACAACAAUGAAGAUCACCAAAUUACCAAUAACCACAACACAGAUCACGGCUGGCAAAAGGUCACCUACGCUAAACGUCAGCGUAAGCAAAAACCGGCGGACACCGCCGCCGCCGUAACCAAUGGUAAAAUCAACGGAACUGCGGCGGCAAACGACAAGGCGAACGUAUUCCGUUCAUUAGAACAGCAAUCAGAAGAGCGACGACGUCGAAUCAUCGAAUCUCAGAGAGCAGCAGAUGUGCCUGAAGCGGCUCCUGUGAGAUCGAAACACCACCGAUCCGACGACGAUGAGGAAGACGACGACGAUAGCGAAGAUGGUGCUAAAGGAAAUGAGAAGGCUGCAGAGAAGAAAGUGAAGCAAAAGAAGGCGAAGAAACCGAAGGUUACUGUUGCUGAAGCUGCCGUUAAAAUUGAUGCCUCAGAUCUCGCCGCUUUUCUCGCCGAAAUAUCGGAAUCGUAUGAGGGGCAACAGGAGAUAAUGUUAAUGAGAUUUGCUGAUUAUUUCGGGAGAGCUUUUUCGUCUGUUAGUUCUGCUCAGUUUCCUUGGGUUAAAUUGUUUAGGGAGAAUUCUGUCGCUAAAAUGGCUGACAUUCCCCUGUCACACAUUUCUGAUGCUGUUUAUAAGACAUCCAUAGAUUGGAUCAAUCAACGCACUAUUGAGGCACUGGGUUCCUUUGUGUUAUGGUCUUUAGACUGCAUCCUUCAUGACUUGUCAAGCCAGCAAACUGGUUCUAAGGUUUCUAAAAAGGGUGUGCAACAAGUAUCAUCAAAAUCUCAGGUUGGUAUGUUUGUGGUCUUAGCGAUGGUGUUGAGACGAAAGCCUGAUGCCUUAGUUAAUGUACUGCCUACAUUGAGGGAUAGUUCAAAAUACCAAGGACAAGACAAACUUCCAGUUGUGGCAUGGAUGAUAGCCCAGGUCUCUCAAGGAGAUUUGGCUGUAGGGUUGUACGCAUGGGCACACAACCUCUUCCCUUUAGUGAGUGGCAAAAGUUCUAAUCCGCAGUCCAGGGAUAUAAUUUUGCAGCUAGUAGAAAAAAUUUUGUCUUCCCCUAAGGCUCCUACAAUUUUAGUGAGUGGUGCUGUGAGGAAGGGAGAGCGCCUGGUGCCACCUUUUGCACUUGAGAUACUACUGCGAGUGACAUUUCCUACAUCUUCAGCUAGAGUAAAGGCUACUGAGAGGUUUGAGGCAAUAUAUCCUACCCUAAAAGAUGUGGCUUUGGCUGGUUCUGUUGGAAGCAAAGCCAUGAAACAAGUGUCAUUGCAGAUACUAAAUUUUGCUUUUAAAGCAGCAGGGGAAAGCAAUCCUGAGUUAUCCAAGGAAGCAGCUGGCAUUUGUAUCUGGUGUUUGACCCAGAAUGCUGAAUGCUAUAAGCAUUGGGAUAAAAUUUACCAGGAGAAUCCAGAAGCUAGCAUCGCUAUUCUUAAGAAACUGUUGGAGGAAUGGAAGGAGCUCUCAGCUAAACUCUCACCUCUUGAUCCUUUGAGGGAAACUCUCAAGAGUUUUAGACGGAAGAAUGAGAAAGCAAUGGCAAGUGCAGAAGAUGCUGCUAAACAUGCACUCCUCCGGGAUGCUGACAAGUAUUGCAAGGCGAUAUUGGGAAAGUUAUCCCGUGGCCGUUUCUGCACAAAAAUGACUGUUGCUGUUGUUGCACUGGCGGUUGGUGCUGCCAUCAUCUCCCCAAAUAUGGAGUCCUGGGAUUGGAAGAAGUUGGCUGUAUUUGUUAACUCCCAGUUCUCUUAUUGAGUGGGAUGUUCUAUGCAUACAUAUCAGCAACAUUGGUGAAAAGCAUCAAACUUGUUCCUAGAAUACUAGUUUUCUUCAAUUUUGUACUUCUGAUUCUGACUAAGAGAAAGGAGAAAAUUUUCAGCAUAAUGUUUUUAGGGUCUUUGUUUGGUGAUCACAUACCGUAUGAGAAACAUAGGCUGUUACGUUAUUGAGAAAAAACAUGCAGUGUUCAGGAGAAAUAAGCAUCUGGUGGGUAAUAUUUAUUUUACGAAGCAUAUGAAGAAUAGCUUGAUUUCAGAUUGUAGCAGUAUCUAGUCAAAUUGAGCAAUAUUUGUAAUUGCAAAGGCAUUUAUGAAUGCAGAAAGUAUCUAAUCCAAA